AUGCCACAUCUCGAAGCGCGAGAGGGGUUUAAGUUCUUUCAGUAUACCCCGUCUCUGGGCGCGGCGGUGGUCUUCAUCAUCUGCUUUCUGAUUACGACCACCUUCCACACGUACCAAAUGUUCCGCACGCGAACAUGGUUCUUUAUCGCCUUUGUCCUCGGAGGAUACUUUGAAUGGAUCGGCUACUGCGCACGAGCUGUUUCAGCCAAUCAGUCUCCCGACUGGACCCUCGGUCCCUUCAUUGUGCAAUCAGUUCUUCCCCUCGUGGCACCGGCCCUUUUCGCCGCCAGUAUCUAUAUGGAACUGGGUCGUCUCAUUGUGGUUCUUCACGCCGAGAAACAUAGUCUCAUCAGGAUCAAAUGGAUGACCAAGAUCUUCGUGACGGGCGAUGUUUUGUCCUUUUUGCUCCAGGCAGCCGGGGCCGGUCUAAUGGGCAUGAAGUCUAAAAUGGCCCAAAACGGCCCCAACAUCAUUAUUGGCGGUCUCGUCAUCCAGGUCCUCUUCUUUGGCUUCUUCAUGAUUUCCUCUGCCGUCUUCCACGUGCGCAUGCAUCGUGAUCCGACUCCCUACUCGCUUUCGAUUCCCCUCCGCUGGACAGAAAUUAUCUACGUGCUCUACGCGGCGAGUCUCUUAAUUCUGGUGCGAUCCAUUUUUAGGUUGAUUGAGUAUGCCCAGGGCAAUGAUGGGUAUUUGAUCUCUCACGAAGUGUUUUUGUAUAUUUUCGAUGCAUUGUUGAUGUUUGCAACCAUGUUGGUAUUUCAUGUGGUGCAUCCCAGUGAGCUGAAUGUUUGGUUGCAGGGGAAGGGUGUGUAUACCAGAGGCAUCAAGGUUCAGAAGUUUGCGGGAAGUGGGGAGACCUUUUCUUAG